AUACGAGAUGCGUUAAACUUUACCCUUCAACAUUAAGUACAGUCUUAGCAAAACCUUUAUAAUAAUGAAAAUUAAACAACGGCGAUAAAAAUUCAUUGUAUGGUUAAUUGGAAAUAUAUAUUUGCUUUAAUUUCCGUGUGGGAGCGUUCACAUGCCGUGGGGAUUUUCGUGCUGACAUCUUUGCUCGGUAGCAGAGUUGAAUAACAUAGCAAGCUAAGCUAAAGGUAGAGGUAACAAAUGUGCUAAUCGUGCACAUACCUCACCUUUUUAGUUACACAGAAAUCUUUAGCUAUGGCAUUGCAAUUGUCUUUUAUUCAGUAAACACCGACGGUAUGGCAGCGUUGUUGUUGCAGCGCCGUAUUAACCUCUGUAGGAAAUACAGCAGAGGUUUAACGUGGACGCUGUCGAGGCAAAACUCUCACAUAUUAGCAAAAAAGCCGAUAUAUAGCAGCGAUAAUGUUAAAAAUGUGCUAUUCAGGUGCAGUAAUGUCAGAAAGAUGCUCAUUUCAAAAUCAGAGCGAACACUUACAGGCCAGCCACAGAAACUUAUUCAGAGCCUUCUCUACCAACCAUUGAGUCCUGGCAUGGUGGGAAUCAGCAGAGAAUUAAUCAGGAACAACCUGCUGAGAAAUCCUGUUGGUUUGGUGAAUUUAUUAGGGGCAACAAACUUCUUCAGUACAUCUCAGUCUAAACAAGAGAAAAAUAAAAGUAAUGGACCAAAGGGAAAAACUCCAGAAGAAAAUGAAGAGGAGAAGAAACGUCGUGAACAGGAGGACCAGAUGUACCGGGAGCGCCUGCGGACCCUGUUCAUUAUAGCGCUCAUCAUGAGCCUGCUAAACUCCAUCAAUACGAGUGGCGGUAACAUCUCAUGGAAUGACUUUGUCAAUGAGAUGUUGGCUAAGGGAGAGGUGUCACGUGUACAAGUCGUUCCCGAGAGUGACAUUGUAGAAAUCUACCUUCACCCUGGAGCAGUUAUCUUUGGAAGGCCUAGGCUGGCACUCAUGUACAGAAUGCAAGUUGCCAACAUUGACAAAUUUGAGGAGAAGCUGAGAGCUGCUGAAGAAGAGCUGAAUAUUGACGCAAAGGACAGGAUACCAGUCUCCUACAAACGCACAGGAUUCUUUGGGAAUGCUGUCUAUGCUCUGGGAAUGGCAGCCAUUGGCGUGGCUAUUCUCUGGUACAUCUUUCGUCUGGCAGGGAUGGGUGGCAGAGAGGGUGGCUUCAGUGCUUUUAAUCAGCUAAAGAUGGCCAAGUUCACCAUUGUAGAUGGCAAGUCGGGGAAAGGUGUGAGUUUCAAAGAUGUAGCGGGCAUGCAUGAGGCAAAAAUGGAAGUGAAGGAAUUUGUUGACUACCUCAAGAGUCCUGAACGAUACCUCCAGCUAGGAGCCAAGGUUCCCAAGGGUGCAUUACUACUCGGGCCUCCAGGCUGUGGGAAGACUCUGCUGGCCAAAGCUGUAGCCACUGAAGCUCAGGUGCCAUUCCUGGCAAUGGCUGGCUCUGAGUUUGUGGAGGUCAUUGGAGGCCUGGGUGCUGCUAGGGUGAGAAGUCUGUUCAAAGAAGCUCGUACCCGGGCGCCCUGCAUCGUCUACAUCGAUGAGAUUGACGCUGUGGGGAAGAAGCGCUCCACCAAUAUGUCAGGUUUCUCCAACACUGAGGAGGAGCAGACCCUGAACCAGCUGCUGGUAGAGAUGGAUGGAAUGGGAACCACAGACCAUGUGAUUGUCCUUGCCUCCACUAACAGAGCAGAUAUUUUGGACAAUGCUCUAAUGAGACCAGGCCGAUUGGACAGACACAUAUUCAUAGAUCUGCCCACCCUGCAGGAGCGGAAGGAGAUCUUUGAGCAGCAUCUGAAGCUCUUAAAGCUGACCCAGCCAGCUAAUUUCUACUCAUUGCGUCUGGCUGAGCUCAGCCCAGGCUUCAGUGGUGCAGACAUUGCUAACAUUUGUAAUGAGGCUGCUCUGCAUGCUGCCAGAGAGGGGUACAAGUCCAUUGAUACUUUCAACUUUGAGUAUGCUGUGGAGAGAGUAAUAGCAGGAAGUGCAAAGAAGAGUAAGAUCCUAUCUAAAGAGGAGCAGAGAGUUGUUGCCUUCCAUGAGUCUGGACACGCUUUAGUGGGAUGGCUACUUGAGCAUACAGAGGCAGUCAUGAAGGUGUCCAUCGCACCGCGGACUAAUGCAGCUCUGGGAUUUGCCCAGAUCUUACCUCGUGACCAGUACCUAUUCACCAAGGAGCAACUAUUUGAGCGAAUGUGCAUGGCUCUUGGAGGAAGAGCUUCUGAGGCUAUCACUUUUAACAAGGUUACAACAGGAGCUCAGGAUGACUUGCGUAAGGUGACACGUGUGGCCUACUCGAUGGUAAAGCAGUAUGGCAUGUGUAACAGUGUCGGCCAGGUCUCGUUCCCAGAAACAGAGGAGCAAGGUGCUGUUGGACGUCGGCCUUUCAGCCAGGGUCUGCAGCAACAGAUGGACCACGAGGCUAAGAUGCUGAUAGCCCGUGCCUACAGGCGCACAGAGAAGCUGCUAAUAGACAACAGAGACAAACUGACAAUACUGGCCAAUGCGCUGUUAGAGCGUGAGGUUGUGAACUACGAUGACAUUGAAGCUUUGCUGGGGCCUUCACCUCAUGGGCCCAAGAAGAUGAUCCUCCCUCAGAGCUGGGUGGAGGCUGAGAGGGACAAACAGGACACAGGAGAUGAUGAACCUCCGCCACCUCCCCGCAAGCACAGUGAAGAGGACAAUAAUCCACAGCUGGUCUGAUCUUAAAAUGUAUUGUCUCACAAUUAUUUCCCAUCUGCUGCUUUUUGUGGGGUAAGUGACUUUUAUGAAACCUGGCAUUGAUACCUCACUUUAAAAAUAUAUAAGUCUCAAACUUAAACUAUGUUUUAGUAAAGUUUCAUAAAGCACUGCAGUCCUUGUAGCCUCUCUGCAAAGAGUCAUUUGCCAUGGAAGCAGCAAUUAGAAGUCUAUUUAAACAGGAUAUAUCUAACUAGCCUAAAGUGAAAAUAGUGUAGAAAAGCCCUUUAAUCAACAUUUUCUGUUUGUGCAAUCAACAAUAACAGAAUGUGUCCAACACAGUGUGAUGAUAGGUGAAAGUGAGAUAUUUUCCUGUAGACAAAACAAAUACAGUUCUGUACUGGCUGCACUUGAAAAUUAAAUCACUUAAUGUGUGCAGAUGAUAUUGCAAGUGAGUUGAUAGAUAUCUGUGACUCCAGUGCUUCUAAACUUAAAAAGGCAACUUUGGGGGUGAUUUUUCUUCGUUGACAGAGAGUACAUAUGCACCAAAUACAUAUGCAUUAACUCAGGUGACUUACAUGUACACAAUUGAGGUUUGCAUUGCUCUGUUUUGCAACUAUACUCAGUUCUCACAUGGAAGAAUCACAACUGUUUGUAGUCGACAUGUUGUUGACAUUUAGUGUGAACAAGAGUCAUCUAUUGACUGGGUUGAAACAGUAAUGUUAAAACUUGUCCUAUUCUAGAAAAACUUCAGCUUCUGUUUGAUUUGUGACUUUGACUGGGCAGUUCUUCAGUAAUUCCACCCUAUUGUGUUUCUGUUUCCACAGUCAAUAGUUUUUCCAAAAAAUGGCAAAAUUUCCACUCAAUCUUGAAAGCAAUGAAAUCUGAAAAAUGGUGGUUGGGUUGAAGAGUGGUUUUCUUAAGUGUCUUGGAAUGUUUUUAAGCUGCUAUCCUGCCAUGAAAACAUUGACGUUGGAUUUUAUUGUAAUAGACUGAGUUAUGUCUUGAGACUUGUAUUUCAUGCAGAUAUAGGAAAAUCACUUCAAGGCUUUAGAAGUGUCUGUCAUGCAAAUUGACGAUUAAGCAGCAGAUAUUACUCCUAACCAUUUGGUCCUGUUCUCACUGUGAGACAUACAUAUUGUUAUAAGAGAUGGGCCAUUUUGAGGCUGUGUUUUCUCUGGAAAAAGGUCUUUGUGUUAGGGUCUGUAUUGGUUUGAUUGACAAAAGUGAAUAUGAAGUCCCUAUGGAUAGUCUUGCUUAAUAUUUAAAUAAAGUUUUAUUUAAAUA